AUUAACAAACGAGAUUUUGGUACCGGUGGUCCGUAUUUCGAGCUUUGAUAGCCGUGUCCAUCAUUCGUGCUAGUGCAGCAGCCGCAACCAGUCUCCGGAAACUGCAGUAAAACCAGCACCGUGCAGCUCAUCUCAAAAUGUCCUCGAUCGUGCGUAAAGUGAUCUCCACCAAGAAGGUCCCGAAAGCAGUGGCAGCGUACAACCAAGCCAUCGUGGCAGACCGCACGGUGUACUGUUCCGGUCUUCUCGGUAUGGAGCUGGAUACGCUGAAAUUGGUACCGGGCGGUGCUGGAGCACAAGCGGCGAAAGCACUAGAACAUUUGACCAACCUGCUGGCCGAGGCGGGAUCCGGAAUUGAUAAGGUUGUCAAAACGACCGUUCUGCUGGGCGAUAUGAACGAUUACGCCAUCGUAAACGAGGAGUACAGGAAAGUGUUCAGCGGCAGCUUCCCAGCCCGAACAUGUUUCGGAGGCGUCAAGUUGCCCCUCGGCGCUGCCGUCGAGAUAGAGGCCAUCGCGCUGACCGGCGCUGUGGUAAACAUUUCCGAAUGACUAGACUCGAAAAUGUAACGUAGCGAUAGUUGAACCGAGAUCCGGUGUACUAAUGGCUUGCGGUUACGGUUAACAUCGUUGCUACAUCUUUCCCCGUGCAGCACUGUGAAACAUAAAUUUGUCUAUUGGCAACAGUGAAACUUACCUCAUGUUGAUUUAGCAUACCCGUAAUAAAUGGUGAAC